CACACACACACAUACAAAAGAGAUGUUAUUGGAUCACCUUGAAUUCCCCUUUUCUCUUUUAGACUCCUCUCUCUUUCUGUCGUUUCCUUUUUCUUUCUGUCUACCUUUCCUCUCCUCUCUCUCUCUCUCUCUCUCUCUCUCUCUCUCUCUCUCUCUCUCUCUCUCUCUCUCUUUUCUCCUCUCCUCCUCUCCCUCCCUUUCUCCUGGUCUCUCUUUAGGAUGAACAGAUGAAGCCCAUCAUGAGUCUCUCGCUGCCUAAAAGCGACUCCACCGCUUCUCUGCUCAGAGCUUCUGCAGCAGACCGGAGACCGCGAGCCCCGGACGAGCCGCUCUGGAGCCCCGAUAGUGACGCGAGCUCGCGCCGUCCGCUCUGUCACCCGGCUCUGCUGCUGCCGUCGACGCCGGACCGGAAGCGCACGGUGGCGAAAAGCCAAAGCAAACUGCGCGAAGAUGCCCCGGAGCGGACGGGAGCGAGCAGCGGCAGCGGCGGCGGUAACGGUGGUGGUGGAAAAGAACGCAAGACAUCAAGACACGCGCAUCGACACCAUCAUCAUCAUCAUCAUAAUAAUAACAAUCAUCACCACCAUCAUCAUCAUCAUCAUCAUCAUCAUCACCGGUCCGCGCGGGACGACCUGCCUCACGAGCCACGCACGAAACACACUCAUGGUGCUCGCGUGCCCAACCGGACUCGGUCAUUUUCCGAGGGCUCAGAAGAGACAGCCUCCACUUCCUCUUCCACCUCGCUUCUGUUCUUCCAGACACACCGGACAAACCGUCGGACAUCCGGAGCCGAGGGACAAGCGCGCGACCCCGACAUGGGCAGCUCGUGCUCACCGGUGCUCGCUGCCUCCACGAGCGCAGCAUCUCCCGAGUCAGAUACCAAACUGCGGCCUAUUCUCAACUCCGUGUUCGGACAGGAUCGAGAGCUGAGACCUGAGGAGAUUGAGGAACUCCGUGAAGCCUUUAAAGAGUUUGAUAAAGAUAAAGAUGGCUUUAUCAGCUGUAAAGACCUGGGCAACUGUAUGAGGACGAUGGGCUACAUGCCCACUGAAAUGGAGCUGAUCGAACUGAGCCAACAGAUCAACAUGAACCUGGGAGGUCAUGUGGACUUUGAUGACUUUGUUGGACUGAUGGGACCAAAGCUUUUGGCAGAAACAGCAAAUAUGAUUGGAGUGAAGGAGCUGAGAAAUGCCUUCAGGGAGUUUGACACUAACGGUGAUGGUGAGAUCAGUACAAGUGAGCUGAGGGAGGCCAUGAGGAAACUGUUAGGUCACCAGGUGGGCCACCGGGACCUGGAGGACAUUCUUAAAGAUAUCGACCUGAACGGUGAUGGACGUGUGGACUUUGAAGAGUUUGUGCGCAUGAUGUCUCGAUGAAGGAGCCAAAACUUUUGCACAUUGCACAGUAAAUCAUAACUCCUUACUUCCUGCUAGCUGGAGGAACCCAGAAGAACCAAGACUUGGUAAAAUGUUCUUCAUGUGCCAACCUGAUGGAUAUGCAUUCGUUCUGAUGGUCCAACUGCCAUCAUCUUACAGGAAACUGCACAUGAAAACAUUUUAACAUGGAGCUGAGAAUCAACACACUGAUGUACAGAGAAGCUUUAAUUACUCAGCUGGAAUGAAAAAAAGGACUGGAAGAAGCUCACACACACACACACACACACACACACACACACACACACACACACACA